AUGAAGAAUUGUACAAUAUUCAUAGUAUUAGAGAAUACAGUAUCCAAUUUAAUGGCAAGUAGUCGAUUAAUCAAACGUUAUGAUUUGAACACGUUAAAGGUUGAAAUUGAAUUAACUCUUAAAAAACCUACUUUAUCAGAACUUACUCAUUAUUAUCGUUUGAAUCGUUUAAUUCAAGUGAUUAAUGAAAAUUAUCAUUUCUAUGACAAUUUAAUUAAUCAAUUAAAAUGGUUACAUACAAUGAUUAAAGAUGAAAGUAAUAAAAUGAAUUUUAUCAUUGGAAGUAUAUUAAAAUAUAGAAAUCAAAAUAGUAAUGGAAUACCAGUUGUAUACUACAUAUUCAAGAUAUCCAACAUAAUGGUUGAAAUAUGUGAAUCAAGAAAAUCAUGCAUAUCAAAUAUUAUAAACAAUCGAAUGGUUGUUGAAUAUAAUAAUAAUAAUAACUUGAUGAAUUCAUCUAUUGAUUUGGAAAUAUUUAUAUCGGAAUUACAUGUUUUAAUGGAUUAUUUCUUUGAGUAUUUAUGUUAUUUCAUGGUGAAUUUACGUAAUCAAAUUUCAGCAAAUGAAAAUUUCAUUCGUUCUUUUACUUCAAUUUAUUUUACAAUGUCAAUGAAAUCAUCCAACGUAUCAUCAUCAUCAUCAUCGUCGUCGUCAUCAGCAUCAUCGUCAUCAAGAAUGACAUGUCCAGUGAUUACAUCAAAUUCUAUAUCAAAAUUAAUUGAUGAUCUAAUAGACAUUGAAUCUCAUAUGCCUAUGAAAUAUAAUGAACAAUAUACUGAAGCACAAAAACGUUUAUCAAUAAGAAUCAAUCUACAAGUUAAUAAAAAUAAUGAAUGAAUAAGUUCGAUUAUUUUCUAAAAACCUACAUUUAAUAAUAAUGAUAUGUCUUAGAAACAGUUGUAUAAUGUAUUCUGUUCUUUUUAAUAUUCUCAUGUAUAUAUAUUCUAGCUAUUAAAAUAAUGUUAAAGUUGGUAAAAACAAUCUUGUGUAAAACCAAAGUGUAACAUUGUAUUGGGGGGGGGGCUGACUCGAAAGUAAUUAAGAAGAUUUGUAACUCAGGAGGACAUUUUCAGAGGCUGUAAAACAAUUCCUAUAUAUAUACGGAUUCUAUGUAACGAAAUUUCUUUAUUUCUCUUUGUAAGUAAUACUUUGUCUGUAACCCUUCUGUACUUACAUAUAUUACAUUCAUACUUUAUGAUUUGUUUGAAGCUAACAUUUGAUUGAAACUAGUCAAAAGGUUGACAUCAAAUCAGCAUUUGUAAUGUUAUUCAAAAGCCUUCACGGACGUAUACUAAGGUAAACCUUGGCUAUACGGAAAUUGAAACCACCUUUAUGUGUCCAAAAACAGUUUGUCCUAACACUUAACCUACCCUGGUAAUACUGAUUUAUUAUCCAGACUGUUAAUCACAUUGUCUUUGUGUACUAUGUUAUUAUUAUUUCUUACCUUUAACCUGUCUAGUUGACCUUUUAAUUUUCAUAUAAAAAUGUCUUAACAAGUAUGUAAUGUGUGAUCAGAUUGUUCGAAAUGUAUUGCACAAA